AUGGUCGAAGCGUGCACCCACGAGGACUCGAAUCUCGGGAAGGUGUGCGACGAGAAGGGCUACCACUACGAGCGGCUCGGCCUCUUCAACGAGAACGACCUCAGCAAGCCGCAGGGCUACCACAAGGCGAAGUUCCUGCUAGACGAGAAGCGCCCGGAGCUCUUCGUCAGUACACCACCCUGCGGUCCAUGGUCGAUAAUGCAGAACGUCAACCAGCGCAACGAUCAACAGAAGGAGAACCUUCGCAGGAAGCGGCUCAAGAGCCAGCGGAUCUUCGAGAACAACAAGAGGCUCAUCGAGCACCAGGUGCUCAACCUGAACGGCUCGGCCCUCGCCGAGCAGCCCCACAACAGUCGGUCGUGGCAGAAGACCUGCUGGAAGGAUCUCCACAAGAUCCUACCGUACGAGGUGAUCGUGGAUGGCUGCGCCUGCGGACUACGAGCCCCUGACACGGGCGAGCUCAUGAAGAAGCGCUGGAAGUUCCUGACGAAUGACAGGAUCUGGGUAGCCCUACAACCUCUACAGUGCCGUGGAGGACACUACCACGAGGAGAUAGAGAGUAGCUUGAGGACCGAGGCCUCGGGCUCCUACCCCAAGAUGCUGUGCCGCCGGAUCCUCAGGGCUCUGACCAAGAGCCAGAACCAGAACUACUUCGAGGACGAGGUUGUGAACUGCCUCUGCAUGGCAGCUACCCAGCAGCCACCGACAGAGCCUACGCCAGAGGAGGACGAGCCGACUCUUCCACCACGAGACGGCAAGGAAGCGCACAACCUCACCAACGAGACGGUCAAGAAGCUCGAGAGCUACAUCAGAUUGGUGCUUUUUGACGCUUUCUCGUGGAUCCGUCGCAGCACGAACACGAACGUGAUGGCGCUGGCGAUACUCGACGCCGGCUCGGACAUCCUCUACGUGCGGCUGAUCGACGAGAAGCCGAUCCCGGGUACGACUCGACAAGGAGUCUACUGUCUCCCAUGCGUGGCCGACGCCCACUGGCAGAUCGGCAAGAUCGAGCGCGCCAUUGAAGCCUUCAAGGAGGCCCUCGACGCUUUCGACGAGAUGGUCUCAGCCGAAGUACCCACCAGCGAGAUGCUCGGACUCCAGACAGCGGCCAGGAACGACCUGAUCAGGAUCGACGGGUUCAGCCCGCUGCAGCGCUAUGCGGGACGGACGCCGACUGGGACGACAGUCAACCUGUCGGACGAGCCGAACAACCUGCCGCUCAUCAGUGCCGAGCUGCAGGACGGCACCUUCAGCAGGGACGCCCAGGUACGACGGAUGGCGCGGCUGGCUCACAUCCAGACCGAGAACUCUGACCGAGUUAAGCGAGCGGAGGCCGCGCGCUUCAGGUCCUUCAAGAGGUACGAGACGGGCGAUCUGGUUUUCGUCUACAGACGGCUCCCACCAGGGGCCUGGCGCAAGAAGGGACAGCCUCGCUCAAUGCCUGGGCGAGGACGCUGGUACGGACCUGGACGAGUACUUUGUCACGAGCCAGCGAGCUCGGGACACCGACCUGGUCUACCUGGGACGGUGGUCAAUAUCACACUGGCUGGCCGCCUCUACCGAGUUGCUCCCGAACAACUUCGACCUGCCACGCCCUCUGAGGAGGCGAUGGACUCCCUACGCUCGCGCCGCGAGCAGCCGGGGACCUGGACCUUCGGCGAUGUCCAGAAGCAGCUCGACACUAACGAGGUGAUCGACUUGUCGAACGAGUCCCCGCCCACUGGCGAGGAGACCCUCGUAGUCUUGACCCAGGAGGCGGCGGAGGUGGUGGAGCCUUGGCGGCGCCACCAGGACUGGAAGAGCGACCUCUACCUGGACCGCGACCUCCCAGUCCAGGAACCUCUCAUCCAGCCAGCUCAGCCAGAAGUUCCACCAGGCAUUCCACAGGAAGACGGCCACGAAGCUGGACUACCCGAAGAAGCUGAGCAGCCCAUCGAGGAGGAGAUCGUCAUGGAAGCCCCUCCCGGCGACGACCAGGAGGAGCGCGCGUCGCAGCGGCCCAUCGUGGCGGAGACUGACGAUGACCUCGACGAUAUCUCAGCGCCCGACGUGAACGAUAAGCGCCGGAUCCGAGAGCCCGGCACAACCGAGCCCCCGGCUAAGAAGCAGCGGGUCAACGCUGCGACCCAGGAGGCCUUCUCCUACUACCUGCAAGAGGGUAACUUCUACAGCGACUAUGCCUACAGUGUCCAGCAGUACGACGAUAUGAAGGAGAACGACGAACUCAUCGUGCUGGACAUCCCUGUCAGCAACGAGCAUGCGUUCAUGGCCUACAUGGACGACCCCAGCAACUUCGUGGCAUCGCAGGCCCGCAAGGGCCGGGUGGAGGUUUCAUUUAAGAAGGCGACGCCUGAGGAGAAGAAGCUGCUACUCGAGGCCCAGCAGAAGGAGUGCACCUCAGUCCUCAGCACGAAGGCCGUCAGAAUCCUCAGCCGACAGGGGAUCGACCCGGCGCGCCUGCUGCGCUGCCGCUUCGUGCUGACCUGGAAGAAGGACACGCUCAAGACGCUGCAGCUGGAGGUGAUACAGUGCGAGCCGUGCGUCUGGGUCAUUCGAGACGGCACGAAGCUGGUCGGCAUGGUUAUCCUACACGUCGACGACAUGAUGAUCGCCGGCGACCAUCACAACUCGGCCUUCCUCAAGAAACGACAGGAGAUACAACAGGCCUUCGAGUGGACACCUUGGGAGAGCCGAGCGUUUGUGCAGUGCGGCAUCAGUAUUCGACAGAAUGAGGACUACACCUGCAGUCUCGCACAGGACAGCUACAGCCUGAACGUGGAGCCCAUCAAGAUACGACGUGGACGCAAGCCCACGGAAGGAGUUUCAGACAAAGAGAGAUCAGAUCUACGAGGCCGACUUGGUACAGUCGGAUGGCGAGCUCAGCAGUCGGCCCCGUGGCUCAGUGCAGAAGUCUCUCUACUUCAAGCGGAGAUACCUACGGCGACGGUCUCUACCAUCCAGAAGAUCAACAAGCUGAUCCGCACCAUGAAUGACACUGCCGACGUGGUCAUGCUCAUCCCGGCCAUCGAGCAGAUCGCUGUGGUUGGCUGGGGCGAUGCUGCCUGGGCCGCUCGUAUCACUGGCGAGUCCCAGGGUGGCGAGAUGAUCGUGCUGGCACCACUGUCUUUCCUGAGUGGCUCGACAGAGACGGUAGCGCCUAUCUCAUGGAGAUCAUGCAAACUACCGCGAGUGGCCAGAAGCAGUACGAGUGCGGAGGUUCAGAUGAUGACAGAGACCCUCGACGAGAUCAGCUACGUGCGCCUGUUCAUCUACGAGCUGGAGUGCGGCCAAGUGGACUACACCAACAAGCAACACGUGAACGACGCCAUCUCAUCCUGCCCUGGCGUACUGGUCACAGACGGUAAGUCGGGCUACGACGCGAUCGAGAAGAGCGAGUCAGCUGGUCUCGGCCUACGCGAUAAGCGGACGAGCAUCGAGUGUCUAGGCAUUCGACAGCAGAAGGAGCAGACGGCCCUCCAGAUACGCUGGGUCCACAGCGAUGCCAUGCUAGCUGACGGCCUCACCAAGGAUCGAGCCGCCAAGGUCUUGCUGGAGUUCUUCCGGUCAGGUCAGCGCUGGAGACUCGUGGACGACCCCCUGCACCGCAGUGCUAGGAAGCGCAAGACCGAGGGCAUGGACAGGCUGGACCACGGCAAGCCGUUAUCAGCAGAUGACGAUGAAGCUAUGCUGGAGGCCCUGAUCUACUUCGCUCGCGACAAUCCCUACGAGCAGGAGACCCCUGCCGGAGAUAUAGCCCUUUGGGGCACUGUGAAGCCUCUCACGCGCUCUGUGCUUUCUGUGAAUUCAGUUGCCAGAGGCAGGUCUCGAUGCCGUAACAUCGAUCUUUAG